UUAUCACAAGAGGACUUCUCGCCUUUCUUGAAGACUGGGAUGAUGAGUGACUUAGACCAGUCGGAGGGGAUCGUAUUUGAUUCCCAUAUACUGGCUAACACUUCCGUUAGCCUGACUAAGAGAACUCUACCACCAUUCUUGUAUACCUCAGCAGGUAGUCCGUCUGGUCCUGCUGCCCUUCCCCGUUUCAGGCUACCUACCGCUUUCUCAACUUCUUCUAGUGUUGGGGGACCUGUCUCUAUGUCCCAUUCAGGGUCCGACUGGAUAGCGGGCAGCGCAAUGGUGGCUGGAGGCCAGUUAAACUGUUCCUCAAAGUGUUCUGCCCAUCGUUCCAGUCGUCUUCCCUGCGAGUGAAUCGCAGAUCCGUCCUUCUCCGCUAUAGCCUCACUAACUGUUGUUGACCAUUUCCCCCCAGUCUCCUUAAUAAGUCUAAAUAACUGUCUACUGUUACCGAUCGCCGCUGCCUUUUCCAUCUCUUUAGCCUUUGCUGCCCACCACUGUUCACGAUCGUUGCGCAGACUUUUCGUCAGUCUAUUUUUAAGUUGCGCUCGCUCUUCAUUGUACUCAGAGCCUGCAGGGAUGCAUUCACGUGCAUCCAUUAGUUUGGAAGAAGCUGCUGAUAUCCACUGGCUCUUUUUAGCCAUUAUCUUGGAGUCGGCUACAGUCUCCAGUGCUGCUUUUACAGUAGACUGAAG